GUAAGUUGUGGGAAUUGAAAUAAGUGCUACCACUUCAAUUUAAUUGAAGUAAUAAGUUGUAGUAUUAUAUUGUAGUUUUCAAUAAUUAUAUUCCGUCGUCGUCAUGGCUACCACCACACCAACUCAGUUGGUGAAUGGAACAAUAAUGCUCAUAGCUUUAAUGGCGUCCCUCCAUCUCACAGUGGGACAGAUCGGAGUUUACUAUGGAAGAAACGGCGACAAUCUGCCACCUCCGGCAGCGGUGGUGGGCUUAUACAAGCGAAACAACAUCCAAAGAAUGCGAAUUUAUGAACCACACCACCCAACCCUCGACGCCCUCCGAGGCUCCAACAUCGAGCUCACCAUGAGCGUCCCCAACAUUAACGACCUCCAGUACGUCGCCGCCAGCCAAGUCAACGCCAACCAGUGGGUCCAGGUCAACGUCUGCAACUACUUCCCCGCCGUCAAAAUCAAACACAUCGUCGUCGGCAACGAAAUCUCCCCCAUCAAGAACAGCCAGUACACCUCUUUCGUACUCCCCGCUUUGCGCAACGUACAGACCGCCAUCACCGCCGCCGGCCUCUCCCCGCAGAUCAAAGUCACCACCGGCGUCGACACCGGCGUUCUGGGAAACUCCUUUCCUCCCCAGAACAGCACUUUCCGGCCCGACGUCGUCCGGUACUUGGCGCCCAUCAUACAGUUUUUGUCGGAUAAUGGGUCGCCGUUAUUCGUCAGCAUAUACCCGUACUUCUCUUACGUCGAAAACCCCGGCAAGAUCAACCUCCAGUACGCUCUGCUUCAGCCGAACAGAGGCGUCGUUGCCGGCGGCGUUUACUACGACAAUCUUUACUACGCGCUUGUCGAUGCCAUGUAUGCGGCGAUGGAGAAGGUUCUAAAUGUUGCGGGGACAGCGUCGUCUUCCCCGUUAUACGGCGAUGUGAAGGCCGGCGGGAAGUACGUUCCGGCGGUGAAGGGAGGAGAGUCGGGGUGGCCGAGUAACGGCGGUGGAGGGCCACACUACUCGCCGACUGGGAACGCCGGAGCGCCGUCCCCGGCAAAUGCUGACAAUGCAAUGACAUAUAACAAUAAUUUGGUUCAGAUUGUGAAGAAGGGAACGCCCAAAAGACCAAACCAGCCAAUUGAGACUUACAUAUUUGCUAUGUUUGAUGAAGAUCUCAAACAGCCUCCGGGCAUUGAGCAGCAUUUUGGUCUCUUUAGUCCAAGAGCCUUCCUCAAGUACCCAAUGAAUUUUAACUAAUUGACUUCCUCUAGUUGUUAAUUUACUUCAAUAAAUACCUCGUACCCUUCUUAAUUGGAAUAAUACUACGUAAUUAAGGAGUGUGUAAUGACCAUGUUUACUUUAAGCUCCAAAUAGAAUGUUAUUGGUUGUAACAUUACUUCUUAUUAUUUUAUGUAUUAGUAAGGGUAUGUUUGUCACAACUAACUGAAAAGAUAUUUUUGUGAGCUUUUUAAUAACUACUAGCUUUUAG